GGCGGGAGAGUCGAGGGCGGGCCUGGGAGGCGGCCCGGAGGUGGGGCGCUACUGGGGGCCGGCCCGCGCGGGCUUCAUCUGCGGACGCGCGGCCUGCGCCCCAGUGCUGGGACCGCGAGGCGCCGGGCGACAAUCGGCCAGAGCGGCUAUGGGGUGCCGCUGGGCCUUCCUGAUCGGCCUCCUGGGGGCCGUGUGGCUGCUCGGCUCGGGUCACGGUGGGCAGCAGGCCCCUGAGACGGCGGCGCAGAGGUGCUUCUGCCAGGUUAGUGGUUACUUGGAUGAUUGUACCUGUGAUGUUGAAACCAUCGAUAGAUUUAAUAACUACAGGCUUUUCCCGAGACUACAAAAACUUCUUGAAAGUGACUACUUUAGAUAUUACAAGGUAAACCUGAAGAGGCCAUGUCCUUUCUGGAAUGAUAUCAACCAGUGUGGGCGAAGAGACUGUGCUGUCAAGCCUUGUCAAUCAGAUGAAGUUCCUGAUGGAAUUAAAUCUGCAAGCUAUAAGUAUUCUGAGGUAGCCAAUAACUUCAUUGAAGAAUGUGAACAAGCUGAACGACUUGGAGCGGUGGAUGAAUCUCUGAGUGAGGAAACACAGAAGGCUGUUCUUCAGUGGACCAAGCAUGAUGAUUCCUCAGACAACUUCUGCGAAGCUGAUGACAUACAGUCUCCUGAUGCUGAAUAUGUAGAUUUGCUCCUUAAUCCCGAGCGCUACACGGGUUACAAGGGACCAGAUGCUUGGAAGAUUUGGAAUGUCAUCUAUGAAGAAAACUGUUUUAAGCCACAGACGAUUAAAAGACCUUUAAAUCCUUUGGCUUCUGGUCAAGGGAAAAGUGAAGAGAACACUUUUUACAGUUGGCUAGAAGGCCUCUGCGUAGAAAAAAGAGCAUUCUACAGACUUAUAUCUGGCCUGCAUGCAAGUAUUAAUGUGCAUUUGAGUGCACGAUAUCUUCUACAAGAAACUUGGUUGGAAAAGAAAUGGGGACACAACGUUACAGAAUUUCAGCAGCGAUUUGAUGGAAUUUUGACUGAAGGAGAGGGUCCAAGAAGGCUUAAGAACUUGUAUUUUCUCUACUUAAUAGAAUUAAGGGCUUUAUCUAAAGUGGUACCGUUCUUUGAGCGCCCAGAUUUUCAGCUCUUCACUGGAAAUAAAAUCCACGAUGCAGAAAACAAAAUGCUACUUCUGGAAAUACUUCAUGAAGUCAAGUCAUUUCCUUUGCAUUUUGAUGAGAAUUCCUUUUUUGCUGGGGAUAAAAAAGAAGCAAACAAACUGAAGGAGGACUUUCGACUGCAUUUUAGAAAUAUUUCAAGAAUCAUGGAUUGUGUUGGUUGUUUUAAAUGUCGACUAUGGGGAAAGCUUCAGAUUCAGGGUUUGGGUACUGCUCUGAAGAUUUUGUUUUCUGAGAAGCUGAUAGCAAAUAUGCCAGAAAGUGGGCCCAGCUAUGAAUUCCAUCUAACCCGACAAGAAAUAGUAUCAUUAUUUAAUGCAUUUGGAAGAAUUUCCACAAGUGUGAAAGAAUUAGAAAACUUCAGGAAUUUGUUACAAAAUAUUCAUUAAAGAAAACAGAAAACAAGUUGAAACCUGCCUGUUUCUGGACUAUGAAGGCCAAAGAGUGGAAUUUCAUUCAAAGGCAUAAGAGUAAUGACAUUCUUAAGCCAAACAUUUUAUAUAAAGCUGCUUUUGUAAAAGGAUAAUUAUAUUGUUUUGAGUAAACAAUUUUUUUUUAAUUGUGUUAAGUUUAUGUAUAAUAGUAUUGUGAGUAAAAGUAACACUUUGAUGAUGUGGUACAAAUUUUAAAGUUUAAUAUUGAAUAAAAUCAGGAUUUUCAAAUUCAUAUAUGUUAAAACUAAGUAAAUGUUAUAAGUCUCUCAAUUUUGUGUGAGAAGAUGUAAUAUAAAUAAAACUGGGGUCAGUGUGUUAUGAGCGUUUAAUAGGAAAAUGCUAAGGAGGCUCAUGAAUCAUCCAUAAUUAACAACUUAAGAGCUUUCAGUACAUUUACGGUUACCAGAUUUAGUAAAUAAAAAUACGGAAUGCCCAGUUAAAUUUGAAUUUCAGAUAAACAAUAAUUUUUUUAUAUAAGUAUGUUGCAUGCAAUGUUUAAGACAUACUUAUGCCAAAAGUUAUUUCUUAUUUAAAAUUCAAAUUUAACUGGGAGCCCUGUGUUUUAUCUGGCAACCCAGAAGUACAUUGAUACGAAGUAUGAAGUAAAAAAGUAUGAGAAUUAUAUUGCUAUUUAGAUUGGCUUUUUUUAGUGUGUAGAAAGAUACAAUGACAACUCAAAGACUUAGGGUAUUUCUACACAUUGUGAAAAGUUGAAUAGAUUUAUAUAUUUAUUCUCAUAAUACUUUACCUAAUGCUGAAUAAAAUUUGGGAGAAACUUUUUAUUUUUAUAUAAUUUCAAAUUUACAGAAAAGUUUCCAAGGUAGUACAAAAGAACUCUUUACCCAGAUUAAGUAAUUGUUCACUCGUGCUGUAUCUUUCAUGCUGUCUAUACACAUGUAUACUACUUUUUCCCAAGUCAUUUGGAAGUCAGUUCCAGGCAUCAUGCCCUUUGAACCUUAAAUACUUCAGUGUGUAAUACUGGAUAAUUUUUUUAAAUGAUUUUUUCUGAGGAAAAAAAAAGUGGAACUAUAAUACUGUAAGCCUUAGAAUAAGGAAUCAUUUUGAGUGCCGGUGUAAAUAAAGUUCUUUUUGAGUUUGUUGUCCUUUUGAUGCUUGAUCUAUAUAGUCAUAGGGCAUAUAAUUUUUGUUCUUUGUACCUGAGGUUCAUUUCCUUUUUAUCCCUAAAAAUUAAUUUUGGGAGAUUUUCAUUAGUGGCAGUUCUUUAAUGAUAAAAAUAUUUGAAGGGGUUUAAGAAUUUUGAUCACAUGGUAAUUGUGAAAGAAAUUAUAAAAGAAACUGUACCUCAAAAUGAUGUGUCCCCUCUUUAUACUAGGAAGUUAUACCAUGUUGAGUUGUCACAUUAUUAAUAAAGCAGGGUUUAUUUAUAUGAUGGUUUAGAAAUACCAUUUUAUACUGCUGUAUACUUCUUUUCUGUGUCCCUGAAGCCUGGUAUAUUGCCAAGUACAUAGUAAGCACAUGGUGGGUAUCCAAUAAAUAUUUGUUGAAUGACUGUAUGAAUAUGUAUUUGGUACAUCUUAAAUGAAAAACCACAGAGCUGAGUUUAA